AUGGCUCACGGACCCUGCUUCUCCCACUGGCUGUUGGUCUGCUGGCUGGUGGUAACUGUGGCAGAAGGACAAGAAGUGGUCACUCCUCCUGGAGAUUCACAAAAUAAUGCACACCCUACAGACUGCGAGAUCUUUACACUCACCCCUCCCCCUGCCACAAGGAACCCAGUGACGAGGACCCAGCCCAUCACCAGGACACCCAGUCGCCUUCCUCCUUAUUACAAUUAUUUCCCCAGGAGAAGACUCUGGAGAGGAAGUUCCUCUGAGGAAAGCAGAGAAAAGAGAGAAGCCCCAAAUGUGCUGAAGUAA